AGAUGACGCCAUGUUGUAUUGUAGAUGAUUAUGGUGCGGGGCUUACGUGUUGUUUCAUUAUUUUCCAACAACAUUCUUUAAUUAUUUAUUUAUUUGAUAUUCUGCAGAGUUUCUAGUAGUGAUGUAAGCGUGCAUACAUUUAUACCAUCUCGAUAUAAGAUAUAUUUUACAAGUUCACACCCGAUAAUAAAUCGUCUAGAAAUUACGAUUCGUAGACUGAUUUCAUUCGACUGAUGUGAAUUUUACUGUUCCGAAUUGUUUACAAGUAUCUCGUCGUUACCUCGUGGCUAAAGCUUAAAUUUCGCAAUCCAUAUCAAGCAUUGGAGUGUUUUUACUUUCAGAAAAUUAGCACAGUUACCUCCUACGACUGGUGCUAAUGUUUUCGCAAUCUCCAAGUCUUUGUUUCUUUUUAUAACCUUACAAGUUGGCUGAUACUUCUGUCUUCUGAACAUGUUGCAUUUCUGACAGAGUCCCAAAGAUAGUGAACAAAUCUUCUAACUCCACAAUGUGGUCGUCACAAAGUAGUGACUCUACCGUCGGAGGUGGUGGUUCAGCUGCACAGAAUCUACGUACUUUGGGUAUGACUUCUGCUAUUACUUUGGCAGGACCAAAGCCUAGUGACCAUCUAAGGACAAACGAACUUCGAGAAGCUCUUAAGCCUUACAAUGUUUUCGAAUCUGAGGAAGAACUAAACCACAGAAUGGAAAUAUUAAGCAAACUAAAUAGCUUGGUAAAGCAAUGGAUAAGAGACACAAGUAUAGCUAGAAAUGUGCCUUCAGAUGUCGCUGAUCAAGUAGGUGGUAAAAUUUACACCUUUGGAUCAUAUAGAUUAGGUGUCCACCAUAAAGGGGCUGAUAUAGAUGCACUGUGUGUUGUCCCACGCCACAUACAUAGGUCAGACUACUUUACGUCGUUUUUUGAAUCGCUAAAGCAGCAAUCAGAAGUUACAGACUUGAGAGCAGUUGAAGAAGCAUUCGUACCAGUUAUUAAAAUGAAUUUUGAUGGCAUAGAAAUUGAUAUGCUGUUUGCUAGGCUAGCACUCAAGGAAAUCCCCGACUCUAUGGAUCUAAAAGACGAUAUGCUGCUAAAGAAUCUUGAUCAGAAAUGCGUAAGAAGUUUGAAUGGAUGUCGAGUAACAGAUGAAAUCCUCCGUUUGGUGCCAAAUAUUGAAAAUUUCCGACUGGCACUCAGAGCAAUAAAGCUGUGGGCUAAGAAACAUGGAAUAUAUAGCAACGUCUUGGGGUAUCUCGGUGGUGUUUCCUGGGCUAUGCUCGUAGCGCGAACAUGUCAACUAUAUCCUAAUGCAGUCGCUGCAACUCUAGUGCACAAAUUUUUCCUCGUAUUUUCACAAUGGAAAUGGCCACAGCCUGUUCUUCUGAAGCAGCCAGACACCGUCAAUCUUAGCUUCCCUGUCUGGGAUCCAAGAGUAAACGUUUCGGACAGAUAUCAUUUAAUGCCCAUAAUCACACCAGCGUAUCCCCAACAAAAUUCGACAUUCAAUGUUUCCACAUCAACGAAAACUAUAAUGCAAGGAGAGUUCAAAUCUGGUCUAGCGAUAACCGAAAAAAUUAUGAAUGGCACAGCUACGUGGGAUAAAUUGUUUGAACCGCCUAAUUUCUUCGGCGGGUAUAGACACUACAUUGUGUUGUUGACAAGCAGUUUGACUUCGGAAGAUCAGCUCGAAUGGUGUGGAUUAGUUGAAUCAAAAAUACGGCAUUUGAUAGGAAUUCUGGAAAGAAAUCCACACAUAACUCUGGCUCACGUCAACCCUGAGGUUUUUCCACCACUAGAGCCAGUACCAGACAGGCAAUGUUCCAUGUGGUUUAUUGGUUUGAUAUUCGCUAAAACUGAGAACCUGAAAAUUGACCUCACUUACGACAUCAAGUCCUUUGCUGACUCUGUUGAAAGACAGGCCGAUCAAAUAAGUAUGCUGAAGGAAGGGAUGGUUAUCGAAGCUAAGCAUGUCAAACGCAAGGAACUCCACAAUUAUAUUUCCCCUAGUCUAAUUAAACGCGAACGCAAGGUGUCUGUGCCUGGUUCGAACAACCAGUCAAAUGGUAAAUACGGAGGAAAUGGUGCGGGUACAGUUUCACCAGGUGGGACGGACUUAUCAACUAGAAAACGAUUGUCGGAUCAGAGCAGCGAUUCUUAUAUUAAAAAACCGAGGAUUCAAGACACGGAACAUCAGAUUACACAGGGAGAAGAUGGUUCAUUGGUCGUUGUUCAGUCUUGUGGUGAAGACAGCAAUUCCGGAUUUAGCUUAGAUGAAUAUAAAGACAAUACGCCAACUGCAAAAGACGAAGGGCCGACCGGUGGUACUGCUGUUGUUCAAGAAGGAUUCGUGUGCACCUGACCAAUGCACGACUGUUAUCUGCCACCAAUCCAAGGAUGGUCCUCUGGGCUAUCUAAAAUGUAAGCACUUCUCACAUCAACAUCCACUGCCCCUUAUGUAAGUCCGCUGUUUCGUAAAACAUAAUGCCACGUACUGGAGAAGACGGGCGUCGAGAACACACUUCUAUUCGUUACCGAUAUAGUGAUAUUAAAAUCGUUUAAAUCUACGUCAAGCGAUGAUAUAAAUGGUUAGUGCCAGGGUGACCGUGACGCGCGUUUUCAUGAACAAGGUGAAUCACCGCUUCCGGUUUCUUCCAGUCUAUUCUCUGAUCUCUCCCCUGACUCUCUUGCUUUCUUUCUUCUUUAUCUAUGUUACUAUUCAUAAUAGCAUAUCAUUGAUCGAUGAAAUCAAUUACUAAUUUCUUCUGCCAUUAUCAAUUCUAAUCCACACUAAUUACCAUAGAUAUUAGAUAUAAAUCAUAGAGAAAUGUCAGUUUUUUGGCUAUCAAACACUUUUGCGAACCACUGGUGCUGAUUAGGUAUGUCUCUGGUAAAAUGCUGUAGAGUACGCACCAGUAAUAGACGUUGAACAUAAUUUCGUCUAGCAGCAUCUCAAUGGUUCAAAAAAGUCGAGUAAUCACACUAGUUGUGGCCAUCUGGUUUAAUGACUGUUGAAAACUAUCACAUUCAUUGAUAGAUUGUUCUAUGAUUUACUAUCCAACUGAUGGUUUUAGUGUUAUAAGGGCAGCGGGUAUCUAGUUGAUGAUUUCCAGAUUGUUCUACUCUCACGAUUGAGCAAAUUCUUUCAGGUUGAUUAUCACUGAUAUUUCAUCAACUCAGACGAACACAUACAUAAAAUCACUUUGAUUACAUAUUCAUAUUUUCUAAACUACAUUCAAUGAUUAAUCUGGAGUUACGAAAAUGAAAUUCAAUUAAUCAUACAGCGCAGCUCCUGAUAGCACGGUGCUUGCAGAGUGAUAUAUUCAUCAAAAUAGACAUUGAUGAUUUUUUUUAACCAAUACCGUUGUGUAUCGAUUUGCUUUUUCUUUAUUCAUCUGAUCUUCAGUACUUUGACUUUGCGUUAUACAUGGACUGUGUGGCGAAAGAAGUUCUAUGACCCCUUACCUGCCUCUGUCUCUUUGUAGCUGCGAUGUAAGUUUGUGUAAGCACAUACUUAUCGAAAUAAAGCUUAUCAGUUGAGCUACAGUAUUCGACUAAUCAUUUCAGAUCAUAAGAUAAUCAGCCAAAAUUUGUUUUGUAUCAAAAAUAAGUUAUUAUGUUACUCCCUGAGCGCUGUGAUCCCCUGUAGCUGAUUCAGAAAGUUUAAUCAUACAAAUGCUUAUAUUUCAUUAGAAAUUGAAAAAGUGAUUAUUUUUUUUUUGUCCUACCAAACAGACUUCUCUGAAAUCCAAAUAUACUCUUGUCCAGGUCAAAGUGUGUCAGCAGCACUGAGUUUGUUAUUUGUGGUAGUCACUUCACAUACGUAUGCUGUACACAGCGAAAUUUUGGAAAAAUGAAUCAUCAAUUGUCGGCACAUUAUUGUUGAAUGAGUUCGUGCAGAUAAAUUCUGUUAUUGUAGAACUUCAUUCACAAUAAAACUUUAAUAUAAUUUGUUGCAGUCUUUUCUAUAUUUAUUUCUCAUCGAACUAUCACCAAUCUGGUGAACUUAUUGAGAAAGUGGAAUGAACCUAUAAUAGAUCCUAAAAAGUUCCAGGUUUUGAUACAAUUAGUUUGCUUCUAAGACCUUGUUUUGAUGAAUUUUCUCGAUCGCUCAACCACGCGACAAGUGGUACUUUCAAGUGCAAUACGUUUUUUUCUACUCCUUUACAAACAUGGACCUUCUAGGCAAAAUGUUAUUGGAAUCUUAAGAAUUAAGUGAACCAUUACGGUAAUAAAAUUCUUUGGCUCCACCAGUGUAUACCCAAUACUGCUGGGAAAUAAUCGCUCGUAUUAUUCAAACAUUUUUAUUUAUUGUCAGUUUCUUAUUUUAGUUAGGUAUCAUCUGACAGGUGUCCUUCUCUUAUCAGAUAACUUGGCGCUACUGAAAUAAAAGGCUACCUUAACAAGGCACAGCCUUGGCAAGCGAUAGAACAUUCUGUUUGCAUUAAAGAAUAAACAUGUGGUUCUAAGUACUACCGUGCAUUACGUGGUUUGAACAUCAUUGCGGCAAAUUGAUUUGAUUCUACAUGGACAAUUAACGGAACCGGUUUCGAUGCAGUGUAUCAUUUGUUUGGGUAUAAUGUAUUAUGAGGAGAGAAAUUCGAAUUGACAUUCCAUUAUUUUCGUUGAAUUUUUCAAUGAAAAUAAAUUGCAGUUCUUAACAACACGACCUUGAAUAUAUUAAUAAAAACAUAGUCUGCAGCUAGAUAGAUUUCCAGAAACUCGUUAGAGUUGAGUCUUUCAGCAGCGCUACGUGCGAUAAAGGUAGGGCACACGUAUAUUGUCACUAGAUUUCUUAGAUUUCGCGGGUAUGUACGGAAUAAAAGAUUAAGUAAAAAAGAAAAAAAGAACUCGCUGUAAGUAAUAAUAAAAGUAAUGAUAACGAUUUUUAGUCGACUGGCAUAUUGAAACACACUCAGAAAGACACUCAGUCCAUUACGUCAGUUUUGAAUUUUAUAUUUUUAAUAACACACAGAAAUAUAUAUGUAUGAAAAGCGUAGGUAAUCUGAAUUUUCGACUAGCGUUGUAAGAAAGUAACAGGAAAUUCGGAUCACCUACUGUAAAUUCCGUUAACAGAAAGAAUGUUUACCUAUUGCAACAAAUUAAUAUUCAUUAUCUAGAGAUGUGGCUUCAUUAAAUUGCGAAAUGUAUACGUCGAUGAACGCUUAUAACUCUUACAUCUGUACUGAACAGUUGUGGGAUCACUAAUAUAAUUCUUCUCGUAAUGCUCUUGCCGUCGUUUAGCAAUUUAUCAAUUACUAUUUUGGAUUCAAUUACCGAUGUUAUUUUUCCCUGCUUGCAGUCCAUGAAAUAUUUAAUUUACUCUCAUUAGCCACCCGUGUCCUAAUGUCACAUACAACCAUAUCUCUUCGACUUUGAUUGUACACACUUAAACACUGGGAUAAUUUGAUUUUGCAUUAUAAUGUACUUUAAAUAUGACGGAUAAAUAAGUAUACCGCAACUAUUUCAGCAAUAGGUGUUAACGGCUUACCGUGACUAUUGCAAAGAGUUACACUCUAUUCAUCGGAUUUAAUUUUUCAUGUAACAAUGACUGGAUACAUGGUUCAAUGUGCAGUGUGGAAAGACCUUUGAAAUAUAGAACAGCACAAUCGUUUACCAUUUAUAAUAUUCCAUCAUCUGUACACUAUGUAUCUUUCUUAAAUAAAUAAUAAAUGAAUUUUCUUUUA